AUGGAGGAGACGGCAGCGGACGCCUACACCUACGGGGACAACGACACCGACUGCGAGUACGCGGAGUGGGGCCCCUCGCUGUCCCUGCUCCCUGCCAUCUACCUCCUGGUCUUCCUGCUGGGCACGGCGGGCAACGGGCUGGUCCUCUGGACCGUCUUCAAGGGCGGCCGCGACCGCCGGCGCUCGGCCGACACCUUCAUCGCCAACCUGGCCGCCGCCGACCUCACCUUCGUGGCCACCCUGCCGCUCUGGGCUGCCUACGCCUGGCUGGGCUACCACUGGCCCUUCGGCACCGCUGCCUGCAAGGUCAGCAGCUACCUGGUCUUCGUCAACAUGUACGCCAGCGUCUUCUGCCUGACCGGGCUCAGCUUCGACCGCUACCUGGCCAUCGUCCGCCCGCUGGCCACCGCCAAGCUGCGCUCCCGGGUCAGCGGGCUGCUGGCCACCGUGGCUCUCUGGGCACUGGCGGCGCUGCUGGCCCUGCCGGCCCUGGUGCUGCGGCGGGCGGCCGCCCUCGGUGGGGACAGCAAGAUAACCUGCUACAUGGACUACGGGGGUCUGGCUGCCCCGGGGACGGAGGGCGCCUGGGAGGUGGGGCUGGGGCUCUCCUCCACCGCCCUGGGCUUUGUGGCGCCGUUUGCCGUCAUGCUGACCUGCUACUUCUUCAUCGCCCGCACCGUGGCGAGCCACUUCCACCGGGAGCGGGCCGAGGGGCCCCGCAAGCGCAAGCGCCUCCUCACCAUCAUCACGGUGCUGGUGGCUGCCUUCGGGGGCUGCUGGCUGCCCUUCCACCUGGUGAAGACCCUCUACGUGCUGAUGGACCUGGAGGUGCUGCCCUGGUCCUGCAGCCUCCACGCCUUCCUCAACAACCUCCAUCCCUACUGCACCGGCAUCGCCUAUAUCAACAGCUGCCUCAACCCCUUCCUCUAUGCCUUCUUCGACCCCCGCUUCCGCCAUGCCUGCGCUGCCCUCCUCUGCUGCCGGACCCCCGGCCCCGGCCCUGAGCGCUCCGGCAGCUACUCCUCGGGGCACAGCCACCCCCCCGGUGGCAAGGGGGGUCCGGGACCGGGAGGCAAGCUGGACCAAGCCACCCAGGAGACGCUCUUCCGUGCCUAA